AUGUCUUACGGAAUCGGCUUGAAUAGCCAUAUCCAAGGUAUCUCAUGGCAGGGGGACUUUACAAGGUCCAAACCCCCAAUCAGAGCAAGCGGGCCUCCCUCCUUCAGCCUAACGGGUUUCGUACAUAGUCACAUAGUUACAAAGAUCCAAACAACACCAUCUGUGCUGCCUUACAAUGCGGUAAAGCAGGUGUUCCGAAACCGCGCUGAUGCAAGCCGUCACAUGGGCGAGAAACCCGAGGAGCUGGCUAUAAAGGAGGCCCGCUGUGACAACAACAACAACAACAACAACAACACAAAGGGAUGUGCGUUGCGAAAUACACCCCUUGUAGACCUGCCACCGCUGCCAUUGAUCUCCUUCCGCACAUUUUGUUAUUAUAUUACUCGCACAGUCGACUGA